ACACAAUCAAAUGCAAACGUUAAUAUACAUGUCUUGUAACCCCAAUAACAAGAAAACAACCACGCUAGAAUUACAGAACAGAAUUAAGCUUCCAUAAUUCAUGGCUACAACUUCUCUGCUUCCCAAAUCCCUCUCACCAUUUCUCACAAACACACCAUCAUUCAGCUCAACUCACUUCACCAAGCUCUCAUUCUUGAACCCACAAGAUCACCCCCAUUGCUCCAAAAGACCAAACCUACACACUACACAUGCCAAGAAGAGGAACCCCUGGCUUGAUCCCUUUGAUGAUGGAGAAGACCCUGACAUGGAAUACGGCUCCCUUUUUGUCGAUGGGAAGCAAGACGAGGAUGAAAGACUGCCCGAAAACCCCGAUAACCCGUAUGGGUUCUUGAAGUUCCCAAUGGGGUACAGUGUGGAAGUUGCUUCACUGGCAUUGAAAGUGAGGGGUGAUGUGAGGAGGUGUUGCUGUGUGGUUUCUGGUGGUGUGUAUGAAAAUUUGCUCUUCUUUCCAGUUGUUCAGCUCCUUAAGGAUCGGUACCCGGGUGUUCUGGUUGAUAUUGUGGCUUCUGCUAGAGGGAAGCAAGCUUAUGAGCUGAAUAAGAAUGUGAGAUGGGCUGAUGUCUAUGACCCUGAUGAGCAUUUUCCUGAACCAGCUGACUAUACUGACAUGGUUGGACUUCUUAAGGGUAGGUACUAUGACAUGGUUUUAUCCACAAAGCUAGCUGGGAUUGGCCAUGCUACAUUCUUGUACAUGACAACAGCCCGGGACAGAGUCAGCUAUAUUUAUCCAAAUGUAAACGCUGCAGGAGCUGGAUUGUUUCUAUCUGAAACAUUUACACCAAAUAGUACGAAUCUCUCCGAUGGUGGAUAUAACAUGUAUUACCAGAUGGUUGAUUGGUUGGCCCGGCCAUCCAAGACUGUGCCACAGCAACCUGUGCCCCCACUUAAAGUAUCAAUCUCAAAGAAGCUAAAGCAGGUUGUAGAGUCAAAAUAUAAGAAUGCUGGAGUUACAAGAGGAAAAUAUAUUGUGAUUCAUGGGUUAGAAUCAGAUUCGAAAGCCUCAAUGCAGUCUAAGGGGGAUACCGAUAGCUUGCUACCCAUCCAAGUGUGGGAUGCAAUAGCCAGUGGUUUAAGGGAAUUCAGGCCACUUUUUGUAAUCCCACAUGAGAAAGAAAGGGAAAAUGUGGAAGAAGUAAUUGGAGAUGAUACCAGCAUUGUGUUCAUAACAACCCCUGGACAGCUUGCUGCUCUAAUCAAUGACUCAGCCGGUGUAAUAGCUACAAACACUGCAGCUAUCCAACUUGCAAAUGCUCGUGAUAAACCCUGCAUCGCUUUAUUCGGCUCCCAAGAAAAAGGAAAGCUCUUUGUCCCUAAUGCAGAACAGAAGAACUGUGUUAUUGUAUCAUCCAAGACUGGAAGACUAAAGGAUAUUGACAUUGAAGCUGUAAAAAAUGCAAUUCCAUUAUUCAACAUGUCCCUUGCUUUAGUCUAA